AUGCUGCUGCUGCUGCUGCGCACGGGCUGGCUGCUGCUCCCUGCGGCUCUGCUGUUUAGCGGCUGGCUGCUCCUGAGGAGGGAGGCGGUGCCUGCCGGGGGCUCCGAAGCCCUGCAGCCCUUCUGGGUUUCCCCUGGCCCCCACCCCUGCCGCUGCUUACCCAACCACACAGCAGCCAAGGCCUCCCUGACCCUGCCCAGCCGGCACCGCCUCUUCUUGACCUAUCGCCACUGCAGAAACUUCAGCAUUUUGCUGGAGCCUUCCAGGUGUGCCAAGGAUACCUUCCUGCUUCUAGCCAUCAAAUCACAGCCUGGUCAGGUGGAGCGCCGUGCAGCCAUCCGCAGCACGUGGGGCCGGGCAGGGAGCUGGGCUAGGGGCCGACAGCUGAAGCUCGUGUUCCUCCUCGGGGUGGCGGGACCUGAACCCCCGGCCCAGCUGCUGGCCUAUGAGAGCUGGCAGUUCGAUGACAUUCUGCAGUGGGAUUUUGAUGAAGACUUUUUCAACCUCACACUCAAGGAGCUGCACCUGCAGCGCUGGGUGGCAGCUGCCUGCGCCCAGGCCCACUUCGUACUGAAGGGAGACGAUGACGUCUUUGUCCACGUCCCCAAUGUGCUGGAGUUCCUGGAUGGCCAGGACCCAGCCCAGGACCUCCUGGUAGGAGAUGUCAUCCACCAGGCCUUGCCCAACAGGAACACUCGAGUCAAAUACUUCAUCCCGCCCUCCAUGUACAGGGCCCGCCACUACCCGCCCUACGCAGGGGGCGGCGGCUACGUGAUGUCCAGAGCCACGGUGAGAAAGCUCCACAGAGCCGCUGAGGCGACCGAACUCUUCCCCAUCGAUGACGUCUUUGUGGGAAUGUGCCUGAGGAAGGCGGGGGUGAGCCCCACGCACCACGCUGGCUUCAAGACAUUUGGAAUCCGGCAGCCACCAGACCCCUGCCUCUACAAGGGGCUCCUGCUGGUGCACCGCCUCAGCCCCCUGGAGAUGUGGACCACAUGGGCAGCGGUGACCGAUGAGGGGCUUCCGUGUGCAGCCGCUCCCGGGCCUCAGCUCUCAGGGGUGGGCUGA